AUGAACGAGGACGACAGCGACGAGGACGAGCCACAGCUUCGCCGGGUUCCCGCCUCCCCUGGAAAGCGCAAUGAGUGGGAGAAGGAGCGCGAUGCGGCGAGGGCCAAGGUCAAGACCAUGGCCGUCAACGGCGGCCCAUUCAAGUGGCCACCAUCGCCGCCACAGCCCAGUGAGCGGUGCGGCGAGCAAAGCGGCGAGCGCAUUGCCAACAUCACCGCCAACAACAGGCAUGCUCUCGAGCUCAAGAAGUACAAGGCCGUUUGCGAGUGGGAGACCGCAAUCAUCACUUGCUCCAACGAAAACUUCGAGGGGUUCCGUCCCAUCCCUCCCCACCAAGUCGACUUUGGUAUCGUUGAUGUCGAAUCAUGGCAAGAAAACGUUCUAGCUCUGUUGUCGGCCGAGGAGGCUGCAAUGGAUGUGGAGCCGCAAGAAGACGCCGACGAAGACCUCAACUUCGCCGACAUUGACGAGUGGCUCGCCCACAUGGAUCUUCAUGCCGAUUCCUUCGAGGAGGCCCACCGGAAUCGCGUCCCCACAGCCCGCCGAGGCCGUAAACGCGAAUGA